UAAGAAUGAAAUGAAACUCUCCCAGGCGACCAACUGAUCUGACGAUGUCUCAUAGUCUAAUUCAAACAUUUAUAAUGGCUUUGGAACCAACCCACCUAUGUUAUGGCUCCAAGACCCUAGUGAACAACAAAAACAUUAUAUAGUAAGUAUUCGACUUUAAGCAUCAUCUGAACAUAAGAAUCCCUUUAACCGCGGUAUCUGCGGUUGUUUUUUCACAACUAUAAUCGACUUGUGGAGCUAUGCUUAGUGGAAGCACAAUUCAAAUUUAUUUCUCAAUAUACAUACAUACAUACUUAGUUCUUCGUAAAACUAAAUAAGCCAUAUUAAGAUUAAUUCUGAUUUCUAUUUUCUUCCUCCUCAGCCUUUCACAUUGCCCACCGGGCAAUGAAAAUUGUCUUCGAUGAUAUUGACAAUUUGGAAAAAUCCCGUUAUCCCAUCGAUCGUGUCUGGGAACUGAUCAAGUUGCACUUUAACGUCGACACACGUUUCGAUUUACUGCCACAUUGCUAUGCCAAAUUCGAUAAGCCAUUUUAUGCGAGCCUCUGCAAGAAGAUUGCACAUGCUGCCGAUCAAGACGAUGCGCUCUCGAUGUCAUUAUUCAACGAAGCUGGCCGUUGUAUUGCGCGUAGCAUAGCAGCGCUAACGCCCAAAGUACAAACGGAAUUGGUCAAAACCGGCGAUCUCAGCGUGGUUUGUGUGGGCUCCGUUUGGCAUAGUUGGCAUUUGCUGAAGGAGGGCUUCGAGCAUGAAAUGCAUAAACAUGACAUACCAUUCGAUUUGAAAUUGGUCACCAUAACAAAGAGUAUGGCAUAUGGUGCCUGCUAUUUGGCCGCUGACGCCAUCGACCACCAAUUGCCGCGCAACUAUCUGGACAACUUUGACGUCAUGUAUCACUAUCGUACGAAGGAAAAGACAACGAAUGGGCUGGGCAGCAGCAGCAGCAGCAAUGGUUGUCAAAGUAUUCCAUCGGUGGAAAGCAUUGCAGUGCAAGCUUAGAUAAAAGCUCUGAGUCUCGAAAAACUAAGUGAACACAUUAUAGGUACAUAAGUAAUUAGUAUCACUUCCAUAGCUUAAAAUAUAUACAUAUGUACGUCCUGAUUAGUAGCUCUGAAUUCCAUAGAUUAAUUUAAACAAAAGCAUAUCGGCGU